AUGUCGGAAAUCCAGCCCCGCUUCCAACAGCUAUUCACAGAGCUGGAGAACCGCUUCAAAACCACCACCCUAGGCAGCGACAAGUGGUAUGUCCUCGCCACGGCCACUCUAGCCGCAAGCCCAGAUCCUGAGCGCGCAGACCAGCUCUACUUGCACCUCUGCGGCCAGCCAGACUACGCGACCUCGCCCGCCCGCCAGGCACUAGUCCGCCGUCUCCGCGAAGCACUCAUCAAAGCCGUCCCAAUUGUCGGCGUCUGUAAGCCCUUGGAAGCAAUCAUAUCCAUUAGUCAAGUUGAGCGCGAUGAAGACAAAGAUUAUACAUCCACGCGCGAAGGCUGGCAAUGCGACCAGGCCAACCAUGACCGCGGCACCGGGUGGAUGCAAAAGCUGUAUUCGCGUAACACGGUUAGUACUUUGAAUCUGUUUGCUGCGCAUAAGGAUUUCACUUGGCUUUCCGAGGAGAUCACUUAUGGGCUGUUCUUGUCGGAUCGUCAGGUGCUGGAUGAUGUGGACACUCAGCUUGUUGUGCUGCCGGGUAUCAUGAGCCAAAAUCUGCCUAAUGAGACGCACUGGCAUAUUCGGGGUACGCGACGCUUGGGUCUUUCUAAGGAAGAGGUUCAGGUUAUUUGGGACUGUGUGCAGCUUGUGGCGCACUUCUUCGAUGUGAAGUUGAACAAGGUGCCUACUGUUGAGCAGGUGGAGUAUGAUGUUUAG